AUAUUGUCACAACCUCUCCUCUAACAACACCACCUAUAGUUCUAGCUUUAGCUCUCUGUCGUAUUUGAUCUUUCUCGACGAUCGGACAUAUAAAAAAAAUGGUGACCGUCGAGGAAGUUCGCAAGGCUCAGAGGGCUGAGGGUCCGGCUACAAUCUUAGCUAUUGGGACUGCAACUCCUCCCAAUUGUGUAGACCAGGCCACAUACCCCGACUACUACUUUCGUAUCACCAACAGCCAGCACAAGACUGAGCUCAAAGAAAAAUUCCAACGCAUGUGUGACAAAUCUAUGAUCAAGAAGCGUUACAUGUACUUGACUGAAGAAAUUCUGAAAGAAAACCCGACUGUGUGCGAGUACAUGGCUCCCUCACUCGAUGCUCGGCAGGACAUGGUUGUUGUUGAAGUCCCAAGGCUUGGCAAAGAAGCGGCCACCAAGGCAAUUAAGGAAUGGGGACAACCCAAGUCCAAAAUCACCCACUUGGUCUUUUGCACCACCAGCGGUGUUGACAUGCCCGGUGCCGACUACCAGCUCACCAAGCUAUUGGGCCUCCGGCCCUCCGUCAAGCGCCUCAUGAUGUACCAACAAGGCUGUUUUGCUGGAGGCACGGUCCUCCGUUUGGCCAAGGACUUGGCCGAAAACAACAAGGGUGCACGUGUUCUUGUUGUGUGCUCUGAGAUCACCGCGGUCACCUUCCGGGGGCCUAGUGACACCCACCUUGAUAGUCUUGUAGGCCAAGCUUUGUUUGGCGACGGUGCAGCUGCCGUCAUCAUUGGUGCGGAUCCAUUGCCCGAAGUCGAGAAGCCCUUAUUUGAGCUGGUGUCUGCGGCCCAAACCAUCCUCCCCGACAGUGAUGGGGCUAUUGACGGGCAUCUUCGUGAAGUGGGGCUUACGUUUCACCUUCUCAAGGAUGUUCCCGGGCUUAUUUCGAAGAACAUCGAAAAGAGCCUUAAUGAGGCCUUCAAGCCUAUAGGCAUCUCGGACUGGAACUCGCUCUUCUGGAUUGCACACCCAGGUGGCCCUGCUAUUCUGGACCAAGUAGAGUCUAAGUUGGCACUUAAGCCAGAGAAACUAGAAGCAACAAGGCAAGUGCUGUCUGAUUACGGCAACAUGUCGAGUGCGUGUGUCUUGUUUAUUUUGGACGAGGUGAGGAGGAAGUCUGCUGAGAAAGGACUCAGAACAACUGGAGAAGGACUGGAGUGGGGCGUGCUCUUCGGAUUUGGGCCUGGCCUCACUGUCGAGACCGUUGUGCUUCACAGUGUGGCUGCUUGAAGACAUGAAAAUCAGCGUUGAUUUAUCUAUCUGCUUCUGCUUCGUAUAUGUAUUGUUUUCACUUUUUUCUGGUUAGAAUUUGGCUUUUCGGAUUUUUUGUUUUUUUUUUUUUUUUGAAAAUAAUUUUACCAAACAAGUUUCUAAGGUGUAAAACUUGAAAAGCGUUUGCCAGUUUAAAAAGUUGGAUUCAAGAGUUCCAAACAUGUCCUAAUGUUUUUUUAUUUUUUUUGUUUUAAAGGCAAAAGUGAAUCAAAAUGAUAAAUAAAAAAAAAACUAAUUUGUCCCCAUAUAUUUUAGUAUAUAGUUUAGUCCGACACUGCACCAAGUAAUUCAUUAUUCCCAUCAUGUUCAAUCCAAGCUAAGCCAAUGCAACUUGAUCUAAUCCGAAAUUGUCCGUCCUAACAAACGGGGCUAAAAGAUUGAGUGCAUUCUAAUAUUUGGGCCUCCGCAUCUCAAAAGGCCCGCCGGGUCGACCCACAGUUUACGAGAGAACCUUAAAACCGACCCGAUCCAUUUUCCCUGGACAGGGGAAAGGGGGCUGAUGGUUCGGUUCAUCUCCCAACAGAGACCGAGAUUCAAUCAACAGAGAGAGAGAGAGAUUGGCCACGACUGCAUGAGUCCAUCUUCCUCUUUUCCUUCUUCUCUUCAAAAUCUGGGCUUCUCUUUCGGAUUUGAAUCCACGACAACGAAAACUUCAGCCCCUUUGGGAUUGUAGGCAUGUAGAGGGAUUGGGAGGCACUUUUAACUCUCCUAGUUAUUAAACUGCAUUCCUUGGUAAAGAUUAUGGAAGACAUGGACAUCGAUCAGGUAGUGGAGGUAUCUGACACGCCGGAUAGAUUAGCUUCCAGACACAUUCUUGGCAGAGAAUCUGUUGGUAAAGUCAGUAAUUCAUCAUUUGUUCAUGACUUGAGUAAUCCAAACCUUGUGGAUGAAAAAUAUGUCAAUGGGCCAAAAAUCAGGGAUAAUGGGCAUAGUAAAAGACUAGUUAUACGUCCUCCGAGAAAUCUUAGCAAUCUUGACAGUAAGAGUUGCAGUAACUCUAAUGUUGACAAUUCAUCUGCUUCCAAUAAUACUCCCAUUUUCCGGAGAGCUACAGUGAGCAAAAGCUCCAGUCGUGAAGCCAAACAUUGUAUGGGAACUGAUAAUGUGGACAAGGGAAAGCCUAUGAGAAUCAAAAUCUCUUCCAAACCAUCUGCUUGCCAAGGAAAUACUUACUUUUCUGAUAUAACCAAACAGAAUGGU